CUGACUGAAAACGGAUGCAAACAAAUAUGUGAGAUGUCUAUAGAUCAAUUUACAAGAAGAUUUCUUCUCUCUAGUGUCAAAAGUAAUUGCAAACAUAUGACAUGAUGAACCAGUUGUUCAACAAUCGUUCAACGAAUCAAUUGACUGGUCCAUCAAGCUAUUGUUGUUCCACUAAAUCAUGAAAUUCCAAAGUAGCUAGUAUCUAAAUAUCUUUAUUUUUUCUUUUAUUAACUAGUAAAGGUACAAUAAUUCUUUUGUUGGUUUAUCGAAAGAAUGUUUCGUAUAAACUACUAAUUAGGAAGUUAGGUAGUGGAUGCCUAUUGUUUUUGGUUAAUGGUUAAUUUGUAUACUCAAAAGUCUUAUAUGUUCAGUAUAAACAUCUACGCUUUUUAAGCAAUGGGACAAAAAGUGGGAUUCUUUUUAUAAAAUAGAGCAUUUGAAAUGAGAGUCUUUCACUAGUCGAUUACGAAAGUUAACCUAUAUAAUUCCUAGUGAUCGCAAUAUUCUAACAACUACGAUAUGAAGAAAAUCUAGUUGAUCCUUUCAUUUCUUUAACGAAAUUAAUGAAGGAGUUUGAGAACCGUUAUAUAAAUCCCAAGUCAUCCCCCUCGAAAACAAUCAUCUUAUACACAUCUAUUUAACUCUCUAAGUACCAAAAAAUGGCGGGCUACAACCUCAAAGGUAUCGAAGCGGCACCUUUGAAGGACGAUGUGGAUAUUGUGAUCCCAACCAUCAGAAGCCUCGACUUUCUAGAACAAUGGAGACCAUUUUUGCAGCAUUACCACUUGAUCAUUGUCCAAGAUGGAGACCCUUCGAUCAAGAUUAAAGUUCCCGAGGGUUAUGACUACGAGCUCUACAACCGUAAUGAUAUCAACAGGAUCCUUGGUCCUAGAGCUAAUUGUAUCUCAUACAAAGAUGGUGGUUGUCGUUGCUUCGGCUUCAUGGUUUCGAAAAAGAAGUAUAUCUACACCAUUGAUGAUGACUGCUUUGUGGCAAAGGAUCCAAGUGGGAAAGAGAUCAAUGUGAUAGCUCAGCACAUAAGGAACCUUGAAACACCUUCAACACCACACUACUUUAACACUCUCUAUGACCCUUUUAGAGAAGGAACUGAUUUCGUCAGAGGGUAUCCUUUCAGUUUAAGGGAAGGUGUCCAAACUGCCAUAUCUCAUGGGCUUUGGCUCAACAUCCCUGAUUACGAUGCUCCAACCCAACUCGUGAAGCCCCGGGAACGGAACACGAGGUAUGUUGAUGCAGUGAUGACAAUCCCAAAAGGAGUAUUGUACCCAAUGUGUGGCAUGAAUCUUGCUUUCAAUAGAGAGCUUGUUGGGCCUGCUAUGUACUUUGGCCUUAUGGGUGAAGGCCAGCCCAUUUCUCGGUACGAUGACAUGUGGGCUGGUUGGGCAGCCAAGGUGGUGUGUGACCAGUUAGGCUUUGGGGUCAAGACUGGGUUGCCGUAUCUGUGGCACAGCAAAGCCAGUAACCCGUUCGUGAACCUGAAGAAAGAGCAUAAGGGACUCCACUGGCAAGAAGAUAUGGUUCCUUUCUUCCAAAACCUUUGUCUCUCGAAAGAAUCUGACACUGCAGCUAAAUGCUAUAUGGAAAUUUCGAAGAUGACAAAAGAAAAGCUUACUAAAGUGGAUCCUUACUUUGAGAAAUUGGCAGAUGCAAUGGUCACUUGGAUUGAGGCGUGGGAGGAGCUUAACCCGCCGGUUAAGAAUGAGGCGUUCGUAGGAGCUUAACCCGCCGGUUAAGAAGACGCAGAGCGAUGGCAAAGAAGUCAAGGCCAAGUGAUGAAGAUAAUGAGUGAAGCUCUUGUUGCUAAAUGAAUAAGUAUGUUGUGAGUUUAUUAUUUGAUAUUGUAUUUAUUUUCUCCAUUUUGGAAGUGUUGGUGAUUAUGUAAUAAUUUGGCAUGUAUUAAAAGCGUGAUUGGAAGGAAUAAGAAUAUUUACUAAAGUUAUAUUUUUUUUUCACUAAAGUUAUUAGGUAAUAUGAGGAUGUUCAUAUCUCUACGUACGAUACAGAUGUUUGUUCAUUUCUCAAAAUUAAAUACGCAAGUUCGAAUGAAAAAAGAUUGGAUACGACAUGAGUUGUAUUAUAAAUUUCUUUUAUGCAAUGAUUGUUACAUUUGAAACAACCAAAAGUCUGUACCUUUUAGGGAUAAUUUUCAAAUUUUCAAAAAUCACAACAUGUUGUUAACGCGUACCAUAGUGACUCUCCUAGAAUUUCCCGCAAAAAGGCCAUCCACUCUCGAAAUCCUAACGAAUAUAGCAUUUAAAAACCAUAGUCAUGCAGAUAACCCCAAUCCCCAAGCACUUAAAAUGUGUUGAUCGUUUGAAGCACAAGGCAAUGACAAGAUUCUGUGGCCAAAAACUAGAGCUACGCAUUGGCAUACCUACCCAUGACAAAGGAGAGCCACGUCUCAAGACGCCGAAUCUAAACACGAAAAUGCCAUUUAAAAAAAUAAAUAGUGUGACAGUCGAUAUGUACUAUCAAAUUGUAAGUCCUACCUCGUUGGGUGAUCCCUAAAACACUAACCAUGUCAAAACACUUUUGGAAGAUACCUAUCGUGACCAUUUAAAUCCACUAAAAUAAAGUCAAUACACCCACUAAAGAUACAAGUAAAUUCCCUCCAAAUCAUGGUCCACUCCAAAUACUACUAGAUCGUGAAAUGAUCUCUAAUAAAUAAUUCAUAAGCUUCAAUUUUUCACCUAAGAAAAAAGUCAAAAUAUAUCGGAUUGGGUUGCUUUUAAAUAAGACGAACUUUUAAAAAAAACUGGGCCUAUGGUUUUGACCCACUAGGCCACUUAAUCAUACGCAUGGGAGAGGAAUCGAAUUUCCUCAAUAAUGUUGUUUAUAACUUGCACCACCACCAACUACUCCAAGUCUCCGCAUUUAAAUUCGUUGGAACUCUAAUUAGCUAUAUCUAUCUAUUCUAAAAUAAGCAUUAUAUUUUGCCAUUAUCUAUCAAAAAACCUUAAGGAGAUAUAAAACUUUAUCUCAACUAUACUUCUUGUUAUUGCCGCCCCUGGGAGUGUCUUUCUCGGGUAGCUGUAAUAUGAGGAAGGCUUUCUACAGCAAUAACUGUUGUUUUCCUCUUGAUAUUAUCUAUCUAAAUUAAAUUAAACUUUAAAAAUGCAAAAACGAUUAUUUGUCGUCACAUAUUGACUUUUUCUGUCUUUAGAGAUGCAGUUCAUGACGACAAAAGAGAUGCACUUCAUGUUCCUAACGUACACGUGUGAGGUUUUGUUUUUUUCUUUAGCCUUUUAAUUAAUGGUUUUUUUUUUUAAUUUGGUAGGUUUUAAUAAUAGUUUUCGUUAUAAUAUGUUGUGAGUUGUUUGUAUUUUUUUUUUUUUUUUUUUUUUUUUUUUUUUUUUUUUUAGUUGUUGGUCUUGAAUGUUAAUCCUUUCAGGGGCACAAUUCCGUAAAGUUUCAGGGUCGGUCUUCUUUAAUAGGAGUCUCAGACUCUCUAAUUAUAACCUAGUUAAGGUAGUCGACAACCAAAAAAAAAAAAAAAA